AUGGCUGAAGCCGCAGUCCGAGCGUGUGUGCGAUGCCACAGGAAGAAGGUCAAGGUCAGAAGCAUGCCAUUCUCGCCGCUGGCCGUGUGCACUGGUUUUCCAAACUGCCUGAAAUGCAACGAAGCAUCUGUCCAAUGCGAGCUUUAUAACAGACUUAGAAAAGCGGACACCAUACGAGCUCUUAGGGAAGCCGAAAGGAGAGUAGAAUGGCUCGAGAAAGAACUCUCUCGGGAGGUCGGUAUGGAUUGUAAGAUUCUCCCUACGGGGACAUCCACAAAAAGGCAUCCUCGGCAAAUGAAUGGUGCACUGCCGGACUCUCUACCAGAGCCAUCUACCCUUAACGCUCCCGUUGGCUCGGUAAAUUGGAACCUCGAGGGCCAUACUGUUUCACCAACGGAUUUCCAGCACCUAAGUGGCGUGGACGUUAAUUCUCCAGCAAGAAGCGACGCACCGGAUAUCAGCCUGCUGGCCCUGAAUGCUACUGGCGAGCAGAGAUACCUGGGACCAUCUAGCGGAGCCUUCUUCGCGAGUUAUGCAACGGCACUUUUCCAGUCAUGUGAGCCUGCAAUGGCAUCUGUCCUCCGCCCUGGUAAGAUAGGAGGCGCAAAUCAGGCCCAAGCACGUUUCGCGGAUGGCCAGCUACCUCUUCAGCCGGAUGUCAUCACCUUGCUUCAAAAGUCCUACGAGAUGUGGGUUCAGCCCCUAUAUCCUUUACUGAGCCAUGAAGCCCUAGAUAUUCUUGCAAAACGAUGCGGUACGCUGCAAAAUGCACCCUUCUCGGAGUUGGUGCAGAGCCCAGAGAGCUGUAGCGAGAUGGCCGUGUUCUAUUUGGCCAUGGCUCUAGGAGCGGCCAACCAUGGAAGCACCUGUAAACAGCUUGGGUCGAAUCAAGGUAGAAGAAGCUUGCAGGAGGCUUCCUUAUCAGUGCCCUCCUCGGCUCAUCUCUACUCCGUGGCAUUACAAUACUUUAGUACUCUAGGAAAAGACUUUCACUCUAGUCCCACAUUCAUUCAAAUACUUCUCCUUGUUUGCAUAUAUAGCUCAUAUGGUCCCAUCGAGUCCAGCCAGUGGCAAAUGGCUGGCCUAGCUAUGCGAACGGCCAUUGAGAUAGGGCUACACAAUAAACCCAAAGACUGCAAUGCAUCUGAGGAAGAGUUGGAUUGGAAGAAUCGGAUAUUUUGGACAGCCUAUUCAAUCGAGAUAAACCUGUGUUACAAUCUUGGACGACCUCCUUCUAUCAGCGAAGAACACAUCACGGCGGACUUGCCUUUGUAUUCAACACAAACAGCAUUCGCGAUCCAAUAUAUCACUCAUCGCCAAAUACAAAGCCAGAUCAUGUGCAAGGUUUAUUCAAGUGUCUCUGGCAUACGAGGCCAAUCUCUUCAGCUACAACAAGAGCAAAUAGCAAACCUGCAGUCGGACCUCGACAAUUGGAGAGUUUCAAUGACAAUCCUGUGCUCGGAAAAUCCACAGUCCCUGUAUCCAUUUAGCUAUUGGGACAGGCUUUACAAUGGUACUUCCUUUGUGCUUCAUAGAAGAAGCCCACUUUGCCCGAACCCCUCAGCCACAUCACUGGAACGCUGUAUUCGAUCCUCGGGUGCUUACAUAGACAAUGUUCUUGAGAUUUUACGAGCGAGCAAUGUUCCCCUCUCGUGGAUGCUUGUACAGGGUGUGCUAUUCGCAGGUCUCACUAUGGCGGUGACCGCCCGAACAAGCUAUUCCCAAAUAUCUUCAACUUCAGGCCACUCUCUUCUUUUGGUCGACUUUCCCGCAUGGACUCGAAAGUGCUCCGUAUGCCUGGCAAUAAUGAACGAACGCUGGAACGACGAUCUUCUAUUCAAGCUAGAUGCUCAAUUCGAGAUUCUUGCCGACAGUAUCCAGAGAACGAUUUCUACCGGGCUCGCCUUUCCUACCGCAGGCAGAUCUGAGGCCACGCAUUCCUUAGGAGAGAGAGAUAGGAAUGAUGACUCACAACCAUCUGGCUCGUUACCUUUCUCUUCGUCCUUCUUCGACCUCGGAAUGGCCGAUCCUUGGGAAACUGUGGACCCUUUUGGGCAGAUUCUAGGGAUUUCCGGGCCUCAGUCUUUUUGGGAUAUCUUCCCGCAAGACUCACGGAAUGAUGAAAGCGUUCCAACUUGGGACUAA